AUGGCGACGCUCAAGACGCCCAUCGCACCGGUCCCGACCGCAACCGACUUCUUGGACAUCGUCCUCUCCAAGACACAGCGAAAGACGCCCACCGUCGUUCACCCAGGAUGGAAGAUCACGCGUAUCCGCUCCUUCUACAUGCGCAAGGUCAUGUUCACAAAGGAUGCUUUCGCGGAGAAGCUCGACGCCAUCCUCAAGGAGUUUCCCAUCAUGGACAACUUGCACCCCUUCGUCUCGUCGCUCCUCAACGUUCUUUACGACAAGAACCACUACAAGCUCGCGCUCGGUCAGCUCAACACCGCCAAGCACCUCAUCGAGCAGGUCUCGAAGGACUACAUUCGACUCAUCAAAUUUGGUGACUCGCUCUACCGAUGCAAGCAGCUCAAGCGUGCUGCCCUCGGCCGAAUGGCCACCAUCAUGAAGCGUCAAAAGGACCCGCUUGCAUAUCUCGAGCAGGUUCGUCAGCACAUGUCGCGUCUCCCACCCAUCGACCCCAGCACGCGUACGCUCCUUAUCUGCGGCUACCCUAACGUCGGCAAGUCGAGUUUCAUCAACAAGGUUACCCGCUCCGAUGUCGAUGUCAAGCCUUAUGCUUUCACCACCAAGUCGCUCUUUGUCGGUCACAUGGACUACAAGUACCUCCGAUGGCAGGUCAUUGACACUCCAGGAAUCCUCGACCACCCUCUCGAGGAGAUGAACACCAUCGAGAUGCAGUCCAUCACUGCGCUUGCCCACUUGCGCGCCGCUGUCCUCUACUUUAUGGACCUCUCCGAGCAGUGCGGCUACACGGUUGAAGCGCAGGUGCAGCUCUUCAACAGCAUCAAGCCUCUGUUUGCCAACAAGCCUUGCAUCCUCGCCAUCAACAAGACCGAUGCCAAGCGACUCUCGGACCUCGAGCCCGAGCGCGCUGCCUUGGUGCAGAGCAUCAUCGACGAGUCCGAAGGCAAGGUCAAGCUCACCGAGCUCAGCACAUACACCGACGAGGGUGUCAUGGAGACAAGGAACCUCGCCUGCGACGUGCUCCUCGCAUCGCGUGUUGAGACCAAGAUGAAGGGCAGCAAGAUCAACGCCGUCCUCAACCGACUCCAUGUUGCUCAGCCCAAGUCGCGUGACGAUGUCCCGCGUUCCGCUUACAUCCCUGAGGCGAUCGCCAAUGGCUCUGUCAAGAAGCACGACUCCAAGGACGCUGAGCGCCGCAGGACGCUGCGCGACGAGCAGGAGGAGAACGGCGGUGCCGGUGUGUUCAACAUUGACAUCAAGCGCGACUACAUCCUCGACAACGACGACUGGAAGUACGACCACAUCCCCGAGAUCUACGAGGGCAAGAACAUUGCUGACUUUGUCGAUCCGGACAUCCUCGACAAGCUCGACGCGCUCGAGCGCGAGGAGGAGAAGCUCGAGGCCGAGGGCUUCUACGCUGACAGCGAAGACGACGGAUCCAUGCUCGACGAAGAGGAGGAGGCGAUUCGCAGCGCUGCUGCCGCCAUUCGCGAGCGUCAGCAGAAGGCCAAGCUGGCAGCACAGGACCGAAGUAUGGUCAAGAACCAGGCGCGUGUGCCGCGCAAGUUCCAGGCGCGCACUCUCUCGCAGAUGGCCGAGAGGAUGCGUGAGAUUGGUGUGGAUCCAAGCAGCGUCACAGCGCGUGCCGAGAUGCUUGCCAAGGCUAAGGGUCUCGCUGGCAAGCGCAAGCGCUCUGGUGCUGACGAUGACGAGGACGCGGAGAUGGACGAGGAUGAUGAAGACGAUGAAGAGGCAGCCUGGGAGGACGACGAGGACAUGGACACUGAAGAGGCCGAUACCAGUGCUUCCAGAAAGGCGCGCAAGAGCAACGUUGGCGGACGCCUGCUCUCGUCGACCACAGCACCCGUUAACCGUUCGGGUGGCCACGUGAGCGCCCGUGCGGGUCCAGCACGUGUUUCGGCUUCGGACCGACAGCUGGCAGGUCUCAAGAACUCGGAACAGCUGGAGAAGGCGAGAAAGCUGCGCGAGUUGGCGCUUCGACCGGGCAACUGGCACGCCAAGGCGGGCGAGUCGGAUCGCGUCAUCAAGGAGAAGAAGCCCAAGUGGCUCUUUGCCGGCAAGCGUGGCAAGGGUACUUCGAGGUCGCGCUGA